GAUCAUCAAAGAUUUUCGGCCUACCCCGCUAGCCUGGCCUAAAUUCGCAGCGAGAGCGGGUGUCUUCUUUGCAUCGAAUUCGAAAUCCCGACACAGGACCGAACACCAUGGCUGCCCCAGAGACACCCGCGAAGGACGCCCAAGUCCAGGCUCUCCGCACCAUUCUCACAUCUGAGCAGGAGGCGCUUGCUCGCCGCUUCCGUGCCCUGUUCUCCCUCAAGUACCUUGCCUCUCUCCAGCCGCCGACCGAACAGACCGUCCCCGCUAUCGAGGCAAUCGCGGCCGCAUUUUCGUCGCCCUCGGCGCUGCUGAAACACGAGCUGGCGUACUGCCUUGGACAGUCGCGCAACGAUGCUGCAAUAAGCCCCUUGCGCCACGUGCUGCAGGACAAGGACGAGGACCCUAUGUGCCGCCACGAGGCCGCCGAAGCUUUGGGUGCGCUGGGGGACAAGGGCAGCUUGGACUUGUUGAAGGGCCUCAGAGACGACGCAAAGGAACUCGACGUGGUGAGGGAGACAUGCGACAUUGCCGUCGAUCGCAUAGAGUGGGAGCACGGGAUUCAGAGCAAGGACGAACAUUUGAAGAAGAGUGACUUCGCCUCCAUCGAUCCUGCCCCGCCGCUGCCCCAAGACCAGCAGGCACCUUCAAUCCCGGAGCUAGAGAAGAAGCUCCUGGACACAUCGCUCCCAUUGUUCAAACGCUACAGGGCCAUGUUUGCGCUGCGUGACCUAGCUUCACCACCAGAUCUUCCCUCGGCCGUCCCGGCAGUGCAGUCGCUCGCGCGGGGCUUCGCCGACCCAUCUGCGCUCUUCCGCCACGAAAUUGCAUUCGUAUUUGGACAGCUGUCCCACCCAGCAUCCAUUCCAAGCUUACAGGACACGCUCAGCAACCAGAAAGAAGAGAGCAUGGUACGACACGAGGCGGCGGAAGCACUCGGGAGUUUGGGAGACGAGGACGGCGUGGAGGAGUUUUUGAAGAAGUUCUUGAACGAUCCGGAGCAGGUUGUGCGGGACAGUGUGAUUGUUGCGCUCGACAUGGCCGAGUUUGAGAAGAACGGGGAGGCUGAAUACGCGAUCGUACCGGAGGGAAAGGCUGUAGCCACGUGAUCCAAGUAUAAGGUGCAUCUUCAGGGCGUUAAGGUUACACAUGGCAAGGUAGACAAAAACCAAGUGAGCGGAUUCUCAGUUGUUGGUGUUCCAU